CAAUUACCCACAAAUCACAAUUUUCAAUUUCAGCGUAACCCUACAAACCCCCCCACCGCUACUCCACCGCACCACCACCACCGAUGGCGGAAAUCGAUUCAGCUCAGUCCCAAGAGACCGUCACUCAGGAGACUCAGAACAAACCAAUGACCACUUCCUUCAGCAUUUGGCCACCAACUCAGCGCACUCGUGACGCGGUCAUCAACCGCCUCAUCGAGUCUCUGUCAACACCUUCCAUUCUCUCAAAACGUUAUGGAACUCUCCCGCAAGACGAGGCAUCUGAAACUGCAAGGUUGAUUGAGGAGGAGGCAUUUGCUGCUGCUGGAUCCACUGCUAGCGAUGCCGAUGACGGCAUUGAGAUACUUCAGGUUUACUCAAAGGAGAUUAGCAAGCGCAUGAUUGACACUGUUAAGUCCAGAUCUGCUCCUGCUGCUGCUUCGGAGGGUGAAAGUAAGCCGUCAGAGUUACCGGCUGAUGCUUCGGAGCCUUCCUCUGCUUCUGGUCUCACUGGAGAGGUCUCAUCCGUUGAAACCGAGCCUUGAAGAGUCUCUGCUGCUUCAGGAAAUUCCAACCUCAUCAUCAGAUCUUCUGGCUUUCGAGUUUGGCUUUCAGGAUGCAAUGUGGGUGUAGCUUCUAAUAGUCAAUGUAUCUUUUUAUUGACUCUUGGAGGAACGGAAUUAACUCUUUUUAAGAGGUUUAUGAAUAUGGAGUAGUUUUCAAACAUAUAAACCUGUCCAGGAUUGGGG